GGGGAUCUAAAUACUGUACGUUAUGAAUGCAUUUAAAUAACCAGUUUCAGUAUAACCUCGGUUUUUAUACCGAAAGUGGAGCAUGUGGGCAGAGAAAGGAAAAUGCCACCUGUUACUGAAAAGACUUGGCAAAAUCAGCGGAUAAAUUUACAAGUGGCUUGCUUUAAUCUCUCUUACUUUGAGUUCAGUUAAAGUCUUUUUUCUCUGUCAUAAAAGUAUGUGACACAGGUUUAAUGAAAAAUGCAAAGUAUGCAAUACACCAAACUAGUCGACAGACUGGUUGACUUAAAUAACAAGCUGCUCACAUGUACAAAAAAAAAAAAAAAAAAAAAAUCCUGUCUACAAAAAGAAGGCUGUCAGUUAGAGAAGAGACAGUUUUAUGGUGCAAGUCAUAGUGAUUGGUAUAGCGCUUUAGCUCACUACUUGUAAAAUUACAGCGUUUAUUGCUUAAAUCAUUUAACCAGAGAGGAAGCCUUUGGAUAUUGGAGUGGUAUGGCUGUCUAUCUCACACUCUUGAUCUUUAUCGUGACUCUGCCAACAUCUCAUCUGAACAGCAUUAAAAACUUACUGCAGUUCGAGGACAUGAUUGAGUGCACAGUACCGAACAGUUCACCGCUGCUGGACUAUGCAGACUAUGGCUGCUAUUGUGGUUUAGGUGGAACAGGGACGCCUGUUGACCAGCUCGACCGGUGUUGUUUUACCCAUGAUGCUUGCUAUGGCACAGCAAAGACCCUUCAGUCCUGCUCAUCAGUGUUUGACAGUCCCUACACAAACACGUAUGACUACACGUGUGAUAAGAAUACCAAAACGAUCACGUGUCUGGACAGUAAUGAUGAGUGUGACAUGUUCAUAUGCAGGUGUGACAAGGCUGCAGCGGAGUGUUUUGCUCAAUCACCUUAUAAUGCCUCCAAUAAUCAUCUGCCCUCGAGUGUUUGCAGCUCAGCUUCCAGAGACCAGCAGCUUUCUUACCGCUCUCACUGCAUUCGCAGUCACUCUCACACUCCUAUAACACAACAAAAUACCUUGCAAUAAGUGAAAUGUACAUGCACUGAACAUAACCAUGUUAUUUCUUGUGAUUUUGGUCAUUUAAAACCCUUUUGUAUGCCGACAGCUGUUUUACAUGUACUCAAGCAUUUUGUAACUUUUUCCAAGACUUAUGAAAUUCUCAUGCUUUUUCGAGAAAACUGAAUUCUUCUUGUACCAGCUGUGCAAAUUGCAAACACAUGCUGACGUUCCCAAAGAUGAAAACACAUACACACACACAUGCGUGUUUACUUAGCUAUCUAAAUGGGGACAUUCCAUAAGCAUAAUGGUUUUAUACUGUACAAACUGUAUAUUCUACUGUCCAGCCCUACACCUAAACCUUACCCCUAACAGAAAACUUUCUGCAUUUUUACAGUUUUAAAAAAACUUUAUUUUUAUACUAGUUAAUACUAGUUUAUACUAGUUAUACAAAUGUGGACUUCUGCAAAGGGAGGUUGUUGGUGAUUUUGUCAGGUUUAGCUCACUUUUGUGUACAAAUUUGUCCCCAAAAUAUGGUUUAGUAGGUACACGUAGACAAUCCAUAAACACACUCAACUUGCACAAAACUGUUACAAUCU